UAUAUUCCAAAAUUUUAGAAAAUUAAGUUUAACAUAUUAUAAUUUAGAUCCUGUAUAUUUUAUAACAACACCAGAUUUAACAUGGAAUUGUGGUUUAAAAAUGACAAAAAUCCAAUUAGAAUUAUUUAAUGAUCUCAAUAUGUACUUGUUUAUUGAAAAUGGAAUUAGAGGUGGAAUAAGUUUGGCGGGUAAAAGAUAUGCAAAAGCAAAUAAUCCAUUAAUACCUGAAACUUAUGAUAAAAAUCAACCUCAUAAUUAUAUUCUGUCCAUAGAUGCAAAUAAUCUUUAUGGGUUUGUAAUGAGUGCAUAUUUACCUGUAAAUAAUUUUAGAUGGUUGUCCAAAGAUGAAAUAAAUGCUUUAGACAUAUGUAAUAUAUCAGAUGAAAAUGACAUCGGAUAUAUCUUAGAAGUAGAUCUAAAAUAUCCGGAAAGUAUUCACGAUAGACAUAAUGAUUUACCACUUGCUACUGAGCAUACUAAUAUCCCGUAUGAUUUAUUAUCUAAUUAUCAAAAAACUAUAUUACGUAAAUUAAAUUUAAAAUAUACUAAUACUAAUAAAAAAUUGGUUCCAACUCUUUUUGAUAAAGAAAAUUAUGUAAUUCAUUAUAGAAAUUUAAAAUUUUAUCUAGAUGAAGGUUUGAUAGUAACUAAAAUUCAUAGAGUACUAGCAUUUUGUCAAAGUGCAUGGCUUAAAAAUUAUAUAGUAUUUAAUAAUAAAAAAAGACAAGAAUCGACUAACGAUUUUGACAAAUCAUUUUUUAAAUUAAUGAAUAAUAGUUUUUUCGGAAAAACAUGUCAAAAUGUAAGAAAGCGUAUUAACUUAAAAGCAGCUAUGACAUUAAAUCAAUAUCGCCAAUAUCUAUCUAAACCAUCUGUAGAACAAUUUCAAAUUAUAAACGAUAAUCUCGCAAUUUUUAAAAUGAAGAAACCUAAUUUAUGUUUAGACAAACCUAUUUNAAUAUCGCCAAUAUCUAUCUAA